GUCCCCUCCUCCAGCCCGCGCCGGGGACGGGAUCGCCCCGCCGCCGACCCGAGCGGCAGCCGGGAGCGGAGCGGGUGCGACGCGGAUCUGCAGAAGCCCCUCUCCUCUUCUUCCUCCUCCUCCUCGCCCUCCGCCCGGCAGCAUGGCCCGGUGCGAGGCGGCGGCCGCCCCCGGCCUCUGCCUGCUGCUGCUGCUGCUGCUCCGCAGUGGGGGGCUCUUCCCCCCCGCCGCCGCGCAGCCGCCGCCGCCGCCGCAGCGCGGGAGCGUGUGGUGCCCCAGCCGCUGCCUCUGCUUCCGCACCACGGUGCGCUGCAUGCAUCUGAUGCUGGAGAGCGUCCCCGCCGUGUCCCCUCAGACCACCAUCCUAGACCUAAGAUUUAAUAGGAUUAAAGAAAUACAGCCUGGAGAAUUUAGACGGCUUAAAAACCUGAACACACUGCUUCUAAACAACAAUCAAAUCAAAAGAAUUCCUAGUGGGGCAUUUGAAGAUCUUGAAAAUCUGAAAUAUCUCUAUUUGUACAAGAAUGAAAUCCAGUCAAUUGACAGGCAAGCAUUUAAAGGACUUGCCUCUCUAGAACAACUGUAUCUGCACUUUAAUCAAAUAGAAACGUUGGAACCUGAAUCCUUUACUCAUCUUCCAAAACUUGAAAGGCUGUUUUUGCAUAACAACAGAAUAGCUCAUUUGAUUCCUGGAACAUUUAGUCACUUAGAAUCUAUGAAGAGACUGCGUUUGGACUCAAACGCUCUCCACUGCGACUGUGAGAUCCUGUGGCUGGCGGAGCUGCUGAAGACGUACGCGGAGUCGGGUAACGCUCAGGCAGCGGCUACCUGCGAGUAUCCACGGAGGAUCCAGGGAAGAUCAGUGGCCACAAUAACACCGGAAGAAUUGAACUGUGAGAGGCCAAGAAUUACAUCAGAGCCUCAGGAUGUGGACGUUACCUCAGGGAAUACAGUGUACUUCACAUGCAGGGCUGAAGGCAAUCCUAAACCAGAAAUUAUCUGGCUUCGAAACAAUAAUGAGCUCAGUAUGAAAGAAGAUUCCCGUCUAAACUUGCUAGAUGAUGGCACGUUGAUGAUUCAGAAUACUCAAGAAACAGACCAAGGCAUUUACCAGUGCAUGGCAAAAAAUGUGGCUGGAGAAGUGAAAACUCAGGAAGUUACUCUUAGGUACUUUGAGUCACCAGCCAGGCCAAGUUUCGUGAUUCACCCACAAAAUACCGAAGUGCUCGUUGGAGAGAGUGUUACCUUGGAGUGCAGUGCAACUGGGCACCCUCAGCCACGAAUUACCUGGACCAAAGGCGACAGAACCCCUCUACCAAAUGACCCUCGUGUCACCAUAACUCCAUCAGGAGGACUUUACAUACAAAAUGUAAAGCAGGAGGACAGUGGCGAGUACACCUGUUUUGCAACUAACACCAUAGACAACAUCCAUGCGACUGCAUACAUCAUAGUCCAAGCUCUACCUCAGUUUACUGUCACUCCACAAGACAAAACAGUGAUUGAAGGACAAACCGUUGACUUCCCUUGUGAAGCACAAGGUUAUCCCCAGCCAGUUAUUGCCUGGACUAAAGGAGGAGGCCAGUUGUCGGUUGACAGAAGACACUUAGUUCUGUCCUCCGGAACGCUGAGAAUUUCCAGGGUUGCUCUGCAUGACCAGGGACAGUAUGAAUGCCAAGCUGUCAACAUCAUUGGAUCCCAGCGGAUCGUUGUGUACCUGACUGUACAGCCUAGAGUGACUCCUGUAUUUGCCAGUGUUCCCAGUGACAUGACAGUGGAGGUUGGCACAAACGUGCAGAUCCCUUGCAGUGCUCAAGGAGAGCCGGAGCCAGUCAUCACAUGGAAUAAGGAUGGAGUACAGGUAACUGAGAGUGGAAAAUUUCACGUGAGUCCAGAGGGAUUCCUCACCAUUCGCGAUGUUGGCACGGCCGAUGAAGGUCGCUAUGAGUGCGUUGCCCGCAACACCAUAGGGUACUCCUCUGUUAGUAUGGUGCUUAGUGUAAAUGUUCCUAAUGUCAGCCGAAAUGGAGAUCCUUUUGUACAAACGUCAAUUGUGGAAGCAAUUGCAACUGUUGACAGAGCAAUAAAUUCAACACGUACACAUCUGUUUGACAGUCGUCCUCGUUCUCCAAAUGAUUUGCUAGCCUUAUUUCGAUACCCAAGGGACCCAUACACUGUUGAGCAAGCGAGAGCUGGGGAAAUAUUUGAAAGGACCUUACAGCUUAUUCAAGAUCAUGUACAAGAUGGUCUAAUGGUUGACCUGAAUGGAACAAGUUAUCACUACAAUGACCUUGUAUCCCCACAGUACUUGAAUCUGAUAGCCAAUCUCUCAGGCUGUACAGCCCAUCGACGAGUGAACAACUGCUCCGAUAUGUGCUUCCACCAGAAGUACAGGACACACGAUGGAACUUGCAACAACCUUCAGCAUCCCAUGUGGGGCGCUUCUCUGACAGCUUUUGAACGUCUGUUAAAGUCAGUCUAUGAAAAUGGAUUUAAUUUGCCUCGGGGAAUCGAACCCAGAAGACUCUCUAAUGGCUACGCGCUCCCAAUGCCUCGCUUGGUUUCAACUACUCUGAUCGGCACGGAAACCGUAACUCCUGAUGACCAGUACACUCACAUGCUCAUGCAGUGGGGUCAGUUUCUUGACCAUGACCUUGACCUCACCGUGGCUGCACUGAGUGAGGCCAGGUUUUCGGAUGGUCAGCAUUGCAGUUCUGUUUGUACAAAUGAUCCUCCAUGCUUUUCAAUCAUGAUACCGCCAAACGAUCCCAGAGUUAGAAAUGGCGCACGCUGCAUGUUUUUCGUACGCUCCAGCCCAGUUUGUGGAAGCGGCAUGACAUCUCUCCUGAUGAAUUCUGUGUACCCACGAGAACAGAUCAACCAGCUGACUUCAUACAUUGAUGCGUCCAAUGUGUAUGGCAGUUCGGACCAUGAAGCACUAGAAAUCAGAGACUUGGCAAGUCAAAGAGGCCUUCUGAGGCAGGGCAUUGUACAGAGAUCUGGCAAGCCCCUUCUUCCGUUUGCCACUGGCCCACCAACAGAAUGUAUGAGAGAUGAAAAUGAGAGCCCAAUACCCUGCUUUUUAGCUGGUGAUCAGCGCUCUAAUGAACAGUUGGGUCUUACCAGCAUCCACACAUUGUGGUUUAGAGAACACAACAGAAUUGCCACAGAGCUACUGAAACUUAAUCCUCACUGGGACGGUGACACAAUAUAUCAUGAAACACGCAAAAUUGUUGGUGCAGAAAUGCAACACAUAACAUUUAGCCACUGGCUCCCUAAGAUCUUUGGAGAGGUAGGCAUGAAGAUGCUUGGCGAAUAUAAGGGUUAUGAUCCCAGUGUUAAUUCUGGCAUAACUAAUGAGUUUGCAACUGCCGCUUUUAGGUUUGGUCACACACUCAUUAAUCCUUUUCUGUAUCGACUGGAUGAAAAUUUUGAACCUAUUCCACAAGGCCAUCUACCUCUUCACAAGGCAUUCUUCUCUCCAUUUCGGAUUGUAAAUGAAGGAGGCAUUGAUCCACUUCUAAGGGGAUUUUUUGGUGUUGCUGGUAAGAUGCGUGUCCCCUCACAAUUACUCAAUACAGAAUUAACAGAAAGACUCUUCUCCAUGGCACGUACUGUGGCUUUAGAUCUGGCAGCUAUGAAUAUUCAGAGAGGCAGAGAUCAUGGAAUUCCUCCCUACCAUGAUUUUAGAGUUUACUGUAAUCUUUCUUCAGCUCAGACUUUUGAAGAUCUGAAAAAUGAAAUUAAGAAUCCUGAAAUCAGGGAGAAACUUAGCAGGUUGUAUGGCUCCCCACUGAACAUAGACCUAUUUCCUGCUCUAAUGGUGGAAGACUUGGUUCCAGGGAGUCGGCUGGGGCCAACUUUGAUGUGUCUGUUAAGCACACAGUUCAGGCGUAUUCGGGAUGGAGACAGGUUAUGGUAUGAAAACCCGGGUGUGUUCACUCCUGCUCAGCUCACUCAGAUCAAACAGACGUCUCUUGCCAGAGUUUUGUGUGACAAUGGUGACAACAUAACCAGGGUACAACACGAUGUCUUUAGGGUGGCUGAGUUCCCACAUGGAUAUAGUAACUGUGAAGAUAUUCCUAAACUGGACCUCAGGAUGUGGCAAGAUUGCUGUGAAGACUGUAGAACCAGAGGACAGUUUAAUGCAUUUUCGUAUCACUUUCGGGGAAGACGUUCUCUUGACUACAGCUUUCAGGAGGACAAGCCCCUGAAAAAAAUGAAAAUGUCCAAAUCAGUAAGUUCUGUGAAACAGAGUAAAUAUUUUCGUAAUGCAACAUCCACAGCUAAUGAAAAUAGAAAUGUACCCGCAGUGAAUGACUUCAAAGAAUUUGUUUUGGAAAUGCAAAAAACUAUUUCAAGCCUCAGAAAUCAGAUAAAAAAACUUGAAUCACGCCUCAGUAAUUCUGAUUGCACUGAUGAAGAGGGUAAAUCAUAUUCCAGCAAUGAAACUUGGAAAAGGGACCCUUGUACUGUGUGCGAAUGCAAAGUUGGUCAGAUUACCUGUUUUGUAGAAUCGUGCCCGCCUGCUGACUGCGAAGCACCUGUCAAGGGUAAAGGAGAUUGCUGUCCAGUCUGCUUACAACAAAAUGCUAAUAAAAAGAAGCCAUAAGUCUGCUUUUUAAGAAUUUAGGGUGCAUACUCCUCAAAUCAUAUCAGUGCCUGCUGAUGGCAAAACCAGGUAACUGCAGUCCUAACAACAGCAAGAAAUCAAGAUUUACAAUAUUCUAAUGGUGCUGUAACAGUAUAACAUAAUGUAUCAUUUUGUUUUCUGCCCAUGAAGGUAAAUCACAAUGCAAAAAUUAACAAAAGGGAAAAUAGCAAACAGGUCAAAGUUAAUUGUGUGUUAUACUUCUCAGGUUAGACAAACUCGAACUGGUGCUACUUUAAAAGAACACUGUCAGGUAGUUUUAGGUACCCAAAAUGACUGGGUUUAAGAUUUAAUCUAAAAUGAACACUUUGUUUCCUAUCUUUACUUAGCAAUAUUAAAAGUUUACUGCCCCUUUUUAGUACCAGUCUGUCUUGAUACUUAACUUUUGCUGUUAUUUAGUAAAAUGCCAGGAAAAGGAAAAGACGAGCUCACUGUGCCUGAGCAAUGCCAUAUCCAGGCCAGUUUCUGCAAACAUCAAUGCACGGAAAUUCUCUUAAAUCACACUAUCACUGCUGGGCCUGGACCAGCAAGGAAAUAAAGAAAGCUACUUGACACCUUUCAACAUUCUUUUCUUAAUUUAAGGAGCAAAAUUAACCAAAUUUUCAAAGCAAUAAAAGCUGGAAUUAGUAAGAAAAUAUAAAUAACUGUAUUUGGAAGAAAGCAAAAGCAACUGAAUGUGUUUUAUAGAUGUAAUUGACAGUGUUCCUCAUUCUAGGGAAACAUGCAUGACAGAGUAGCAUUUGUCUUAAAAAUUAGCAAAAUCCUUUUUGUCAAAACAUUUAUAAUUGCUUGAUGACAUUUUUUGUGUGUUUGUUUCAUUUAUUUUAAAUUUUGUAACAUAACCAUCCAGGUCCGUUUGAAAGCAUGCUUCUCUUUAUCUCAGAUCAGCUCAUGUAAUUGUAUGGCCCUGUUUUGAAAAUGUGAAAAGAUGUCACAUGCCAUUUUGUAUACAAAGAUUUCUACUGGUUCAUUGUGCAUGUUGUCAAUAGACAUGUUCCUGAUUAUAUUGUGGCACUGUUGAAAAAAGGAAAAUCAAAAUCAAGCAACAUGAUUAAUUGUGGAUUGACUACUUUUUCUGACAAGGUGUUUGAUUUUUUUUCCCAAUUUGAUCUAAUGAAUAUCUAUAUUUACCUCAAUAUUUUAAUCAUUUGUGUUAAAAAAGGUCCAUCAAUGGACUUCAUCUCCCAUUUAAAUGUUUAACAUUAUAGAGUAUAUGUCUAUACUAGCAUUUCAAAGUUGUGUACUUUAUAGGAUGCAAACUGUGCGUUUUUGACCAGGAAUUAGGUUGAGUGAAGGACAACUAUCAUACCUCAUUUUACAGUUUUUAUUCUGUGUAUUCAGAAUUUAUUCUUUCCCCGAAUACUUAAUUUGUUAGAUGUUAUUGCCCUGUCCUUUAGUCCUAAGCCAGAAUUCGCUAGAACCAAAACUGGUUACAUGGUUCACUGACUUCUGAGUUUAAGUGUUGAAAUUCAAGGGAUAGUGAUUGGGGUAUCAAAGAAAUCUGCACAAAAUUAAACCUUCAUAUGUUAAGCAUUUCAGAUUAUGCCAACAGACUGAGUACUUAGUUAUUGCAUGGUAGAACAAAUACCUGUCUAAUAACUAACCUAGCACAGCAAUAUGAAAUCCACUAUCAUAGUUUGGCACAUAAUUUCUCUGAUUACUAACAUUAAUAAUUUCUAAUUUGAUAAUUACCAUGACACACAUACAAACUUUGGUGUAACUUUAAAGCUUACUACUUAUGAAACUUUGUUUCAUACUAUGGUAGAAUCAAUAUGUACAUGUGAGUGCUGUGUUAAAGGUGUGUGGUACACAUGGAAUUGCAAUUUAUAUUUUUAAGAAUAUUUUAAUUGAUUUUAUAUACAGUGUUUUGAUUUAUGUAAUAUUCUUUGUUAAUGCUUCUAGAAAUUGUGUGGUGAGCAUGUUUGAGUAUCACAUGGUUCCUAAAGAUUGUCAUUCCAGUAUUUCUUUGAUACUCUCUGUUUUGCUGACUUUUCUCGAGAGUCCAAACCACAUGUCUCGCCCUGUAAUUCCAACUCAGAUGGAGCUCCCAUCGUCCUGUAGCAGAAGUUCUUCAAAGAAGAAGGGUUGCAGAGCUAAACCAAAUAUAAUUUAACUGUCCAAAUGGUUAAAUAAGGCAGUAAUACAUCCAGCUGGUUACUACUUGCAUUCUUUCUUUUCAAUUUUAUAUUAAAUAAGUUUUCUUAAGAUUUCUGCUUAUAGGAGAAGAGAGUUUCCAUUUUAUACAUUAUAAAAUAGUACCUUAUAUCUCAUUGUUCCUUUUCUCCAGCCUCCAAAGUGGGAGGUUUUCUUCGUUGUUCACUGUUUAUUCAUAUGGUAUAUAAAAUGGGCUUAGGAGUCUGGAUAUGCUUAAACAAAUGUUACAAGUCUAAUAUUGAGUUAUUUUCCACCAUCCAUCUGUUUAUAAACCAGGAAAAACAGGUCUUUAUCCACAGUGUAAAAUGUAAUGAGUCCUGGAUUGUACUAGUUCAGUUUUAUUGCAGUGUCUUUAGAAUCAGCCUUGACUUUAACAUUUCUGAAACAGUGGCCAGUGGCUAGCUGACUAUUUGCUCAGUAUCCACUGUGAGAAUAUUGCUGUAAUAUGAUGCAAAUUUUACAUAUUUAUUUUCUUUUUUUAAUGUUACCUGAAACAAAGUUGUUGUUAUUUUAAUCAGUAAAUUUACCAAAGAACUGUUUGCACUGUAUAAUGAAUGCUUUACAGUUAAAAUAAAAUGGGCCACAUUUCCAAGUAAAUUUCAAGACUUCUUCUUGUACCUGUAUUCUUUAGAUUAUUUGCUGAAGUUGCAAUGUGUAGGCUUUGAUCAGAUUCAUAUUACUUAUCUUAAGCAGGAUUGCCAUAAUCAAGACUGUUUCUGAGAAGUAAGCAAUGGGCUAAUAAGUCAUGUAGAUUCAGUAGUUUAUGUAAUAUUACAACACAAAAGAUUAAAAUGUCUCUUCACUAUUUUCUUCUAGAUGACUGGAAAAAGAUACCACAGGCUUAGGAAGAAUAUUUAAAAAUACACUUAUUUCUUAGCGAAAUGCAUUCUUUAGACUUAAGUGCUGAACUUUUUUUUUUUUUUUUAUGGGGAAUGUCAUAACAGUUAAAUACAAACACAUACAAAUUUAAGCCUGUUCUUACAGUUCCUCAUGUCUCCAAAUAGAUCCAGUCAUGACUUGCCUUCCCAAGCACUUCAUUCUACAUUCAUUCUUUUUUUACAUCAUUUCACCAGUGGAUAUUCAGGUUCAUACAAUCUCAGCUUAAAAUGAGUCUUCUGUGCAAGAGAUCUUUUUUACCUCAUUUAUUCUUUUUAUCCCGGGAUAUGAAUUACUGCGGGACACAUGAUGAGUUCCUCUCAUCCUUUGGUGAGGUGUUAGGAUCUCCAGGACACUAGCUCAGUUCCUUUGUCAGAUCUACUUGAAAUUCAUUUGAAGAAUUUUGUGAUACAAUAUCACUGAAAUGAAUAUAAUUGUAAGUUACCUUACGUUGAUAUGGGAGACGUUAAAGAAGGACUCCAAGAGACAAGGUUAAGAAUGGUGUUCAGGUUGCACUUAAUUGCACUUCACUAUAGUUUAGACAGUUUAGUUUUUCAUAAGGCAAAUCUAGAAAAGCAAAACUGCAAUAGGUCAUUUGUGUGUUUUCCAGCUGCUGAAAUAUACUGCUGCUCACCCACACUCAGUGUUAAUUGCCAAGAAGUUUGCUAACAAACCACAAAGUGUAGAAAUUUAGAAUAAAAACCUUGCAUUGAUACUGAUAUAUUUUGAGGAAGACUUAGUUACAUUUGAAAUAAAUCAAGUAAUUUUCUUUUACUUUGUUUUUUCUUUUAGUUGAUUACAGCUAACAAUCAUUUGGCUGCAGUAUGAUUAAAGUUGUAUUUAUAGGGAAUGACCUCCCAUGGUCAUUAACUUUGUUUUGUAAAAUAAUAUUUUGCUGCCAUAGCCUAUAUUAUUAUAUGAUCUGAAGUAUUUCUCCUCAUAUUUUCUUUCAAAUCCUCAACUAGCUUCAUGCUUUUUUGCCUAUACUAUGUACCAAAUCAGUAAUCUUUGCAGAGAGAUCAUUAGAAAGGUUGGACUGUUCCAUGGUUUUAGUUUGAAAACUAGAUUAAGGUAUCAAGAACUGGUAUAUUUGACUAAUUUUCUCAAAACAUCUGCAUUAUUCUGUUGUUGUAUUGUUAAAAUAAGUUUAAGUUACACACACGCAAUGUAAUAAAAUUAUAAAAUUACCAGUAGAACAAAAGACUGCAUAUUGUCCUCUAAUGGUCUCUCAUCUACGACAUGGAGUUCAGUGAAAUAAAUUUUAGAAUUCACCAGACUAAUUUUUGGUUUGUAUAAGAAAGAAUGUGAUCCAAUAUGUGAUUAAAUUGUGUCAACAAAAAAUACUAAUAUGAGCAUAUGCACAUAUCUCAUUCACACUGGAAGUUUCUCAGAUUCCCAGCAGAAUGAAGCAUUAUCCUUAAAACUAAUGUGAACCAAUAAAAUGCUAAAUGCUUAAUAAAUUAUUCAGUACUAAAGCUGUCCUUACCAGCUUUGGGUUGUGAUGUCAGGAGACUGUUCUGAGUCAUGAAAAAGCAGCGUUGUCAUUUAACAGCAUAUUUUAAAGCAGACAUACUAAUAAUAUCAGACUCUUGUUUUGCAAUUGUUCUGGCUGCCUAGUUCAUAGAACCAUAGAAUCAGCUGAGUUGGAAGGCACCCACAAGGAUCACUGAGUCCAGCUUCUGGCCCUGCAUUUCCAAGAUUCACACCAUGUGCCUGAGAGCACUAUCCAAAUGCUUCUUGAGCUUUGAUGCUGUGACCACUUCCCUGGGGAGCCUCAUACAGUGCCCCAACACCCUCUGGGUGAAGAACCUUUUCCUGAUAUCCAACCUAAACCUUCCCUGAGACAGCUUCAGGCCAUUUCCUGGAGUCCUGUCUUUCAUGACAUAGUUCCAUUACUUUCCUUUUUUUUCUCACUUAGCCUGCUAUGACAUGGCAAGGAAACCUCUGCACCUCCAGCAUAGCUUCUUUUCUUUUGGGCCCAAUGAAUUUGCUGUCCAGCUGGCAGGACUAUGAAUGGUCCUUUCAUGGGCUUAAGCAUUACAGCCUGCUAACAGAUGGAGCAGAGUACAGAUCAGAUAUGUCUAAGUUACAAGAAGAUCUGGCUAGCUGUGUUUGGCUGAAACGCUAUGAAUUGAAAAUGUGUUUAGAUUCAGAAAUGGAACAAACAGAACAGCAGUUGCUGCAAUAAGGGAAUAAAUUUAAUUGUUGCACCUGGUAAAGAUGUUCGUGGUUUUUUGAUGCCUUCCUCAGUGAUACAACUUAACCUUCCCACAAGUCAUGUGCUGUUGCUGAGUUGCCAAAACAAAGGUCAUUAUUUACUUACAUCUUUAUGAGAUGCUGUAAGUGGUUAAUCUCAUGUGCAGCCAUUCCAAGGACUGAAAUGGCAAAGUGCUUCAGGUCUCUUUUCAUAGAGAUAAGCAUGAAAAAUGUGUCCAGAGGAGGGAAAAAAGUAGUCAGGAAUUGUCCAGAGAAAGGGCAAUAAGGUACUGUUUUGUUUUAGCAGGGAGAAAAAAGGAAAGAUUUCAUCAAGGCCUUUGAAAUUUUUCAGGCAAAUGCAAUAAUUCAUUAGGAAUAUAGGAGCAGGUUAAUUUUACCAAAGCAACACAUAUACUAGGCUGCAAUAGAGAGUCCAAAGGCUCUGGGAAGCAAUUUCACCAUUUAUUGAACCAGCUACUAGUGAUAGUAAGGCACGAUUUUAGUCCCCUACCUCCAUUCUGUGUAUUGUCUCUCUUGCAGUGAAGAUUUAUUUUUUUCUGUCCUACCUGCUUUCACAGCCAGAGGAUUUAAAUGUGAACUCAGGACUGAAGGUCAAGGUGUUUAUUAGGGCAUAUCAUCAGCCUGACCCAGAAUGGCAGGUCCUGGCUGGUGAACAAGGACAAGAGAGGCCUGAAUGAGAAAGAUUCAGAGUCAUUCACUUAAAAACAUUUCCCAGAGGGACAUACAGCAGUUCCUGUUCUUUUCCUGAGCUUGGGUGACAGAUUUGGCAUACAAGUUAGUUAUGGAUUUCAAAAACACAGAUUUCACACUUCCAUGGAACUCUGCUAGGAGACACCAAGCUGAGGGCUUGCUGUUUCCUAGGUCACUUUUUUUUUUUUGUAAAAAGCCAUCUUCUUGCUACACCUGAGAGGUAAAUGUAACAACUUUCAUAUAUAGAGAGCUAUUCCAGUUGCUGAAGGAAUACUCGAGCUGUUUUAACCAAUGAUUAUCUCUGGGUAAAAAUCAGUUAUUUAGCAACACACAUUUGUAUUUAAAAACUCAAAUGCUGUCACAGAAAAGGAUUUCUUUUUAAAUUAGGCUUUGUGGAAAUAGCUUCCUUGAAUGGAGUGCAGCAGACUGGAGACAUUGUAGAAGUGGAAUAAAUGUUUUCUUCCAUCUGAAAUGCCUUGGCAGGAUUGCAUUCAGCCUUGGAUGUUGCCAGGCUGUUCUCUUAUACUGAGAUUAUUUAAAUAUUGCUGUGGGAUUAUUUGGGAUUUCUUUUUUAUCAACAAUCAAUUCAGGCAGUAACAGACAAUAGGUGCCUUGAAGUCAGAAAAGGAACAGCUUGUAUCUGCUACAGGCAAACAUUAAUGUAGAUUUUAAAUCCUUCAUCCUAUUUUUUUGGGGGGUUUUUUAUUUUGGUGGAAUGGUAUUGUUACCCCAAAUCCUAUUUCACAAGCUGCUAGUAUUUUUUUAUUUGAUCUGCAGAUAUAUAUCAGAAAGCAUCAUCUUACUUUUUUGAGUUCAAGCAUUUUGCACAUUGGGAGUGAUAAAAAGGGGUGUAGUUCCUGCCUAUUGCUUUAGAUUAACGGACCUUUUUAAAGCCCUGAGAAGUCACUGUAGCCUUCUCUAGUAACUCAAUUUUUCUAGAGCUUCUCACAUUAAAACAUUAUCUUGUGUUUGAAUAGUGUCUUUAAAAGGCUUCCAGUCUUGACAGAAAAUUUUUAAAUGUUACUUCUGCACAACUAUAAUUUAAAGUGUAGUAGGGGUUACUCUUGCCAAAAAAAAAAAAAAAAAAAAAAAUCAGCCUGCAAUAAUUUCGUAUUCUACUACUGAACUGCUCAUCCUAACCCAUAGUUUCAUUUUAAAAUUAGACCAGUCUUCUUUUUGUUUUAAUUUCAAACCUGCAAGGUUUAGAUGGGUGCCAUUUGUAGUGUAAGAUGACUCUUCACUAAACGACACCAAGAAUUCAUGUUCAGCCAGAUCUUAGAGCUCCUUUUAGCUAUUUUAUUGGCCUGAAUUUUUUUAGUAUUCUUUAUUCCUCCAUGAAUGAUUUUGCAUUUAACUAUGUUACUCUAAUCAGAUAAACAGUCUAGAAAGUAAGCAGAUUUAUCAGUAAUUGUUUUAAUUUUCUUUAUAGAAAGUUUUUUACUUAAGGUUUUGAGUUAUGUAAUCUGGUAUAGAUGUUCUGAUGCAGUUACAGUGAAUCCUUCUUGUAGAUUCCUUGUAGCAAUAAUUAGCCAAGUAUGACUGACCACACUUGAAAGAAUAAGAAAGCAAAGGAAAAACAAAUGAAGGCUGAGCUGCUACUUCCCUUCUGUGGGUGAGAAGAUAUUCACAAAUGAAAAAAAGCUGGUGAUGGACUCUGGCUUUUUUCCCCCUCAUAUCUGCUGCUGUUUGCUUCACUCUUGAUGCACUAUUUAAAGAUACAAGAGCUUAGAGAGAGGCUUUGAUAGAAAGUCAGGAUUUACACUGUGUAGUAACACACAGUAUAGGUUGUGUUUUGCUAGUGAUAAUCUUGUCUCUCCCUUUCAGCUUUCCUGUAUUGUAGCCCUUAGUUCUGUCUCUAAUUUAAGUUAGGUUAAAACAAGAAUAGAACACACUUAUGAAAGAGCAGAAAAAUAUGGCUGGGGAAACUGUUUAUAUUAGAAGUUUAAAGAGUUUGGGCUACAUGAAGCUAUAGCUGUGGUCAGGAAUUUUGCAUAUUUUAGUGCUGGAUUUGCACCACUGGAAAAUAAAAUGCCUUGGCUUGCAAGAUUGGCAGAUGUGAGAACUUCCUAGCGUCUCUGAACACCACCACAGCCCUGGAAAAUUACUCAGACACAGAUGAAGACCUGAGUUCAUUCAAGCCUCAGUGUCUCUGUUAAGACUAACACUACAAGUACCAGCCUGGUGGGCUUUGUGGCAUCACUUGCUCACAGGUGGUUAGAAAGGAGAAGUGUGUCUCUGUUCUGCACUGAAUUACUGGUUACGAUUUUGCUUCUCUACUAGAAACUCUGCAAAACAUCUUACCUGUCUUGUAGAAGCAUUUGCAAUGGCAAUAUUUAACUAUGGCCACCUUAAAAUCCAUAAUAUUUAUUAUUUAGACUAUUAGAAUAUUUAUGCAUAGAAAAGUUAC